UAUUUGUUUCUCUGUUUUGCCACGGGAUUUACAUCCAAUGGUAACUAGGAAUAACACAAGCUCCGGUCUGGAUCCGACCAUCUUUAUUAAACCCAGUGAUAUAUUUCCACACAAAGGAAUAAACAGACAGAACUUAAGUAGGGUGUCUAACGAGGGACAGACAGGUGAAGAUGAUUAAAUAAUAAGGAGACAAGUGCAAGUGAACUACACAGGAAGGAAGACAGGAACUGAAUAAACCACAACUAAAAGUUCAUAAUAAUGACACAACGGGUGACAAAAAAAGCUUAUUAAAGGUGUAAUACGUCUUCAGAAACCUUUUUUGUUAUACUGGUUCAAAGUCUCUUCACAUCCCGAUAGCAAUCAUUAUGUUAAGUGGUUUUAAUUUAUUUAUGCCUGUCAACAUAUGUAUCUGCAUACCUCUGUGGACCCUGUUCGUGCAGACAGAAUAAGUCAAAAGCACAUAUACAUAUACUGUGCAGACAGAGCGAGAAUGGCAUACAAACAUCAACAACCCGGUCUUCCUUCCUGGUAUUGUAAUACAUUUAAAGAUUUCUCACUGGUUAAUGACACAAGAUGUAGCUCAGCAGUUCCCAAUUCCAGUGCUCACGCACAUAUUUUGCAUGUCUCGCUUAGUUAACACACCCGAUUCAGAUGACCAACUCGUAAGAUGUGAGCUACGUGAAUGAACUCUGUUCUGAUCUAUAUGAUCCCUACAAGGUGUUAUAAAUGCGUUCGGGGGCAUGGUUUUGGACGGCGAUUGCAGGGAGGGUGGGACCUUCGCUUUCAGUGCUAUCAGGCUAAUUUUAGCAUUUUCCAAGAUCUCCUAUUGCACCUGUUAUAUAUUAAAUCUAAAAGUUUUUAUGAAAUUUUAAACUGCAGAAGCAUUAGUCAAUGGAAAUUCCCCACCUUGAUGGUAAAGCAUACGUAUGUUUCUAUUUAUUCCUGUGACCCUGUUUGAGAGCCCAACCUGUGAAUGAUCUCAACUUCCUCUUCUCUCACAGAAACUGUGAAGUAGUUUAAAAAAGUUUAUUGUUUGCACAGAUGAGUGUCAGUCGUCUCUUCUGUCAGAGCGAGAAUUGAUCGUGUGACCGAAGCAGCGUCACACUCUUCUGCUAGGAUUGAGGGAUUGAACUGGACUUUAGAGAAAUGAUGCUCAUCUUUGGACUGAUGCUGCUGCAAACUGCUGCAUGUCUGGAUCAGUUCUGCUGGUUUGAUCAGUCUGAUCCCUGUUACGCAGCUCUGGGACACAAACUCAAUCUGCCGAUGAUGCUGGGUGCUACUAAUUAUAUACUGAAAAUAAUAAAGAGAAUAAAUGAAACAAAAGAUGAUCCAUUUUGUAGAUUUCAGCAUGGCAUUAUGGAGGAGACUGAAUGUGAUCUUUAUAAUAACAGACCUGAAGUGACCAUCAUUCGUGGGAUGCUGAUAAUAAACCGUGUGAUCAGAGCAGAUUCAGGGAAUUACACAUUAAAUAUUUACAGCUCACAGAUCAGACAGACAUUUGAAGGAGAUCUUCAAGUGAUUGUUGAAGCUCCUAUUGGCUCAGUGGAAGUGUCAGUCAUCUGCUCCUCCAGUGGGGUGAUGAGGGUGUUCUGCUCCUCUGAGGGGGAUCAGCUCCUCUACAGCUGGACUCUGAAUGGAGAUCCACUGAAGGAUGGAAACAGCAGCAUUGAUCUGGAUGAGGAAACUGAUGGAGACAUCAGCUGCAGCGUGAAGAACCACGUCAGUCACGCACAGAAGACCAUUAGACUCAAACCCUGUCCUGUGUGUUCAGUGUCUCUGGUGUUUGUUGUGGUCCGGAGUCUGGAACUGAUGGUUCUGUUCGGUCUGUUAGGAGCUUUUCACAUCUACAUGAGACACACAUCAGGAAAGAAAAAGGAAGGUCAGAAAGUGAGGAUGAGAAGAUUUAGAGAAGGACAUGAACACACAGCAGAAGAUUCAUGAGAGCAGCAAAUCCUGCUUUUUUCUACAUAAUUCUUAACAUUCAGACAUAACUGUGAAGCCCUAUUUUUUAUUUACCAGCUCUCUGUGGUAAUAUAAACAGGGUUGGAACAUUUACUUUUAAAUUUUAUUUUAUUUUAUUUAUUUAUUUUAAACAUAAAAUUUCUCAAGAGCAAUUUUUAAAGGAGACACAAAUAACCCAGCUAAACUUGUACUUGUAAGGAUAUGUAUACACAGAGGAAAGCCCUACUAAGUGCAGCAGGAAGACCGUGCCAAAUUAGACAACUUCAAGUUGGUGUGGUCGUCCCCUGACAACACUCGAGUCCAUUGUUGACAUUACUAUCCGUCACAGUGUUGCAAAGUCCGCAGUUUUCCGGUGGAAUUGGGCUUCUUUUUCAUGCCCACAUUUCAGAUUGAAGCGCCCCCAAUAAUUUGUAUUUUAGCUCCCCAAAAUGCAACCCCACUUAAAACCCUUUCCAUCAUGCAAGUAAAGUUAUUAUUACUAACACAGAGGACUCAGCGAAAAAUACAUUGGCAUCAUGUAUUAAAGAUAAAAAAUAAAAAAAAUCACUUCCUGCAAUGUUGAGGUGAAUAAAAUAGCCAACAGCCUUACUUACUGGAGUUCCACAACUAUUGAUGUUUCUCUCACCGGACUUGUGUGUGUGUGUGUGUAUGUAUGUGUGUGUGUGUGUGUGUGUGUGUGUAGGUAAUGUAAAAGAGCAAAGCAGGCAUUUAGACCAAAGCACUGUGAGGAAAGGGAUGGGGAGACUUAAAAUCUUUCCAAACUUAAAAUGCAUUUUUGCCCUGUUUGUGUUGUUUUACUACUUACACAAAUAUAUAAAGUAUAAAAGGUUAUUAUUAACAAUACAGAGCGUAGUUUUUAAUCAUAACUGUAGGGCUUAAGAUGGAUUAUUCUAAAGAACAGCGGGCAGUUGAACUGUUCAGGACAACUGUGUCUGUGUCUUACAAACAACUAUCACAAAAUAUGUAGAUCAUUGUGGAACAUCGAGAUAAUGACAGACUGUUAAGACUCAAGGCUGUGUACAGUUUAAUUAAUUAAUUAUUAUGAUUAUUAUUUUUUAUUCCGUUAUUUUGUCUUGUGGAGUGUAUGUAGUGUAUCUGUUACUUGAAAUAUAUUAUUCAGGACAGUACUAAAUAAUAAAAAUAACAUGCAUUUUUUAACAACAAUAAUUGCCUGUUACAGUUUACGUUAAUGUUUAAAUGAAAUAAAUGACAUUAAAAAUAAUCUCUUAAGUAAUCUGAAAUGCCUCUUGGAUGUAAUUUUAUUAUCACCCAUUCAAAAUGUGAUCACAUAUAGUUACUAUGUUCCUCAUUUUUAAUAAAACAGUUCAGAAUGAGCCAUAUUUUCCUUUCUCAGCUUCCUUUCCAAAUAGGAAAGGAAAUGAAAUGCUCAUAACACAUAUGUACACAAAACACAUAUAUGUACAAACUAACAACAUUAGAGGAAACUUCCUCUUCAGAUAUUUCCUCAUUGUGCUGUGAAGACGCUGGUCUUGAUGAGAACCAGAACAAAGAUCAUCACACUCUUCUGCUUGGAUUGAGUUUUUCUGAAACUGGACUUUAGAGAAAUUAUCUUUCGACUGAUGCUGCUGCAAACUGCUGCAU